CCAUGACUGAAAAAUAAAAUAAAAUAAAAAAAUAUCCCAAAACGAUCCGGAAAAUCAUAUCUGGCCAAAUCUUCUUUUCCAAACUGUCAAAAUCUUCAAAUCACACCUCCACAAAUCACAAUAUCAAAAUGGGUCCUUUUAUAACCCACAAAGUUCCCAUUUUUUCUUCAAAAAAGUGAUCAAAAUGGGUCUCAUUGCUAUCUCUGAAACACCUCUUCAUGUUCUUGCUGUUGAUGACAGCAAUCUUGACAGGAAGCUCAUAGAGCGCCUCUUGAAAACCUUUUCUUAUCAUGUUACUGCUGUGGAUUCUGGAAGUAAGGCUUUGGAGUUUCUGGGUCUCAAAGAUGUUGAAAAGAUGGAAAAGAUUUCAUCUUUUUCUCCUAAUCCAGAAGUGGAGGUGAACAUGGUUAUUACGGAUUAUUGUAUGCCUGGGAUGACUGGUUUUGAACUCUUGAAGAAGAUCAAGGAAUCAAAAUCAUUGAAAGACAUACCAGUUGUGAUCAUGUCUUCUGAUAAUAUUCCGGCAAGGAUAAAUAGAUGCUUAGAAGAAGGAGCUGAAGAGUUCUUCCUCAAACCGGUGCGAUUGUCAGAUGUUGGGAAGCUGAAACCUUAUUUGUCGAAGAACGAGAGGAAGACAACCGAGGAGGAAGAAUGUGUUUCAAAUGACAGCUCCAGAGCAACGUACAAUGAUGAUCAUAAUGAUGACGAUGAUGAGGUGGAAGCAUCGACCGAUGAAGAUGAACAAAUACAGAUGUUGAGGAAGACAAUUGAGGAACAAUGUGUUUUAAACGACAUCUCUAGAGCAAUGCACAAUGAUGAUCAUAAAGAUGAUGAUGAUGAGGUGGAAGCAUGGUCCGAUGAAGAUGAACAAACACAGCGGUUUUCUAAGGAUCAAUCUUGCUGACAUUGCGACCAUAAGAUGUUGAAGAUAGAAGAUGCUGUUCCAUGAAGUUGAUGGAUGUGCUAUAUUUGAACAUUUAUGGUUAUACAACUUAUUAUAGAAGAAACUGGUAAAAGUUGUCAUUUUGAACUUUGAAUCUACUAUUCGUUAUUCGUACGUUUUGUUAUUACUUUUGCUUCGCGCUUUUUGUCCGGGUCUAGGAAAAGUGGAAAACACCAUAAGACUGUUAAGAUUUCUACAUGCUACUGCUGCUUUUAACCACCUGGAUUACAAUACAAUCUUAUAAUUGUUCCACAA